UGGAUGAUUAAUUCUUUUUUUAUCAUUUUCUUGAAGCGCGACGUGAGUGCAGCACGCGACGAUGGCUUCCGCUAACACCAUAACAUGGUGGCAAUGGCUAGUUCACACGAAUGACAUCAAGCAGUUGUGGGCGGCUCAGCCUACCUACCUCAUCUCGCAGGCCGUCUACCUGAUCGCCGGCGUAGUCACCUUGCUUCACGCUUUCAGAAAGGGUGGCCGAUGGCCGUACUUCUGGGUGGCGACGGUGCUGCACGGACUCUACGCGGACAACUUCUGGCACUUCGCGGUUCCAGAUUAUGACAACUUCUGGCACUCGCAGACACCCAUCAUGCUCCUCGGAGCCAGACAGCCAUUGCAUAUCAUUUUCCUGUACCCGGCAUUCAUCUACCAUGCGGCGUACGCCGUGUCAAAGCUGAAACUGCCGGGGUACGCGGAGCCGUUCGCCGUGGGCCUGGUGACCGUGCUCAUCGACAUCCCGUACGACAUCGUAGCGGUCAAGUUCGUGCACUGGACCUGGCACGACACCGACCCCAACAUCUUCGACCGCAACUACUGGGUGCCGUGGAACUCCUACUAUUUCCACGCCACUUUCGCCGCCAGCUUGGUUUUCUUCUUCCACGCCGUCAGAAAAUGGUUCGCUCCUAAAGUUUCCAAAUGGGAGUCUGCUGGUAAGAAGACAGAAUGGAAGAGUCUCGUGAUCGCCGCUCUGUUCGGAAUGCCCGGCGGCGUGCUGCUGUUCCUGCCCAUCUACCACCCGCUGCACGACAUGUACUACAUCCACUCCGAGGUCACCUUCUUCCUGCUCUUCUCCAUCUUCGGCGUCUUCGUGCUGCACGGACUUCUCAGCGACCGGGAAAAGACUAAAGAAAGACUGACGGCGAUCGACUACGUGCUGUUGGUGCAGCUGGCCGUGCACUACCUGACCUACUUGGCGUUCGUCGUGUACUUCCACCCCGAGCGCGAGUGGUCGCUGGGGCUGCACGAGCCCGUCGGACCCUGCGAUGAAGUCGCCACGAUCACCACGCCUUUCGGACAGACCCUACAAAAGCGUAAAUACUUCUGUCCUGACAACUACGAUGAGGGUUACUUCAAUUUCCACUGCGUGGGCGGCCAGAAGCCGCAACCUGGCGCCUUGUGGUACGUCAUCUGCGGAACGCCAUUUGAGAACCGCGCCGAGUACAUCGCCGUGGUGUCAGCCAUCGUCACCUUCGCCGCCGCGGUCUUCUACGCCCUCUACUUCAAGACCGUGCAGGCCCAGCCACCCAAGAAAUUGAAGUCCAAAUAAAUACUCUAAUUUAUAGGUAUAACACAUCAUUUAACAUCUAAGGUUCCAUAAAGGAUUUCAAUGAUCAGCCAAUUUUAA